AUGGCGCAACACAGACCUCCCGAACGCCCCCUUUCACAGUCUUAUCGUGCGGCCUUUGUCACUCGGUUCGACACUGAUCGCGUAGCUUCCCGCCAGAUCCUUGACCAUGGCAUACAGAAUCGCAUCGUACAUGGCCUUCAGUCCUCAGCCUGUGGCACUCCUCGCUGCACUAUGGAAACCCAGCAUUUGUGCGAAGAACUCUGUCUUCAGCGCUACUGGGCUGAAGACUUCGUCUCAAGAUUUCCCGAACAUCGUGGGGAGUUUGCAGCCAUGCAACUGAUACAGGCUCUACCUAUGGGUGUUCGAAAGCCGCACCACAUCCAGGUAGGCCCACGCGAGGUCUCUGCUUCGGAGCAGAAUCUGAGCCAUUCACCUCGUGCAACGCAGUACCCCUCAGCAUUUCCUGCUGAAAAGAAGGAUGAAUCCUAUCCACCUCCUUCCGCCACAGAAAGUCCCGUCACCUUGGACAACAAUCCACUGCCGGUGCCUCGUUCUCAUCAUGUUGAGCCGAUUGCCGACUUGCUUACCUUCGCAAACGUCGCCAACGAAACGCCGGCACCGUCCCUGGUCACGCCAACCGUCAGCCAUGGAGUUGACAGCUUCCCGAAAAAGGACUUGGUUGAACGAGAGCCCAAGGAUGCCCUCUAUAUGGCAGACAUCAUUCAUGUUUCAAGCGAGCGGAAACCCGGCGUGUCCCCCGAACAACCCUUCAAGCCAGCACCGAAUAUUCCUCUUACAUUUCUUGCCCAGCUCAAGGCUGGCGCCUUUGGUCACCAAUCCCAGUCGCGCACCGUGAUAAUCAACAACCUCCCCAGCAAUGUUGGCAUUGGUCAGGUCCUCGAGCAUGUCUGUGGAGGCCGCGUCGUCAAAGCUGUUCUUGUCAGCGUGGCAAGAUUCCCUGGGUUGGGAGACAUGUCAGCGAUAAUCAAUUUCGAGACGCCCCAGGCAGCGCAGAGGUUCAUGCAACUCGCUGCUCGACGAAAAUUUGGCUUCAAAACAGCCAAUGGUAAUCAUGUGGAGGCCUCGGUCGUGUCUUCUGGCGUUGCGUCGCACCCCGUCAAGCCUAAUGUAGGCAGGUUGCUCGAAAUGGGUUGCACCAGAUGCCUCCAGGUGCGUGGACUCGACAGCUCCCACAUUGGCAGGGUUGUUCAGGCUGUCUGCCUUGGCCGCCCAUUACAUCACGUUCUUGCUGAAUUCAAAGUCCUCGGCGCUCAGGAGGUCGUGCUUGAAUUUGCAAGCAUUGAAUUGGCGACCGCCUGUUUCUUUUUGCUCAUCAACGCCAAAACACACGAGGGACAGGUUGAUGUCCAGGUGCACCGUUCGAUUGACCCUUGCAGUGCCAACGACUUCGAUGCAUCCAAGACGCCUUUCACAGACUGUCGAACUUUCUCCCAUGAGCUCGGCAAACUCAUGUCGAUUGACAAAGUCCCCCAUCUUCUUUCCACGGAAUCAGCAGACGGGCUCGAUAGUUAG